AUGGCCCAGGUGAAGCCCGAUCCGGAUGCUAUGUACAUCAAAGAUGACCCCGACAGCAAGGACACAGUGCUGGCAGACCUGGACGAUGAUGAUCUCUACGAAGACGCUGGAGACUUAGACUUUACGAUGGCAGCGCAAAACGUGUGGAUAUCUCGCCUGCCUCGGCAGUUGUGGGACCACUGGUCGCAACUGGACGAUGACGAAGAAAUUGAGAUCGGGACAGUCAGGAUAGAAGGAGACGUCAAUGAUCUCAAGAGGGUUAGCUUGCGGCUUCACGAGCGCCCCGAUAAUCAAGACAUCCCCAAAGACUACACCCUGCAACAACAAACGAUCAACACUGUAAACGCCUCGCACAUGACACAAAAUACGUUCGUUUUCACAGAAAAAGACAUUCCGGGCGCAGAAAAUCGAAUGGCGACGUUUGGCGAGAACCGAUCAGCUUUGUACGAAGCCAUGAAGCGCGAGACUCGGAGGAGAGAGCAGGGCAAAAGAUGGGAGCCAUACGUGCGGAAGACUGUACCAAAACACACGGCACUUAUCGGUCAGGUCAGCGAGGAGUUCAAUUGUUUGCCGGUGGAAAACGAGGAAUUCCGACGGAUCUCCGAACAGCGGGCCCUGGAGGCUCUGAAGCCGAAGAAAGAAACCGUCUUUAUCGACAAGAUUCCUGGAAAGUUCUUGCAGAAUCGCCAUGCACUACCCGUGGAAAAGAACACCUUCGUUCAAACGACCAAGCCUUCCAAGGCCAAAGCACAGGAGAACAAGUCUACACGUAUGCCUCAGAACGAGCUGCUGGACCGCAUCUUCGACUGCUUCCGCCAGUUCCAGUACUGGCCAUUUAAGACCCUCAAAGCAAAGCUUCAGCAACCUGAGGCAUAUCUCAAGGAGACUCUUGAAAUGGUCGCGCACUUGGUUAAAUCUGGAGACUUUGCCAUGACAUGGGAGUUGAAGCCGGAGGCGCAGCAGAGUAACUACGCUAUGAUGGCGGCGUAUGGUGAUGCCAAAGCCGAGUUGCCACCCGGAUUUGACGAUGCCUCGGAAGAUGACCCAAAUGCUUCUGGCGUUGACGAUGUUAAUUUUGAACAUGUCCCUUGA